GGCUUGUCUGCGCUUGCGCAUUACGCAUAUGUAGGUUGUGUUGCACAGGUCGCUUGACAAUUUGUAACUUUGUGCAAUUAACUGUUACAUAGUGAAAAUUCAACCAAAAUGUGGUGGGAAAUUCUUCCAGCGGCAUUUAUAACAAGUUUAGUAACAUUUGUCCCACAAUAUGCAACGUGGUACCUAAAUAUAUUGGUUUUUGGAAAUCCAAUGCGUAGAGACAUGAGCAAAGAAUGGGAUCGCAAUAUGUUUACAAGGGACUCUCGCAUAGAUGGAGCGCCAUGGAAGAACAGGGGAUUAGCAAAUAUUCCUGAUGAUGAUGAGUAAGAUUACAAAUACCUCAAUAAUUGCAGUAAUGAUAUACUAGAUACAAUAAAUGGUAACUAGUAUUGGUUUUAAUUAUAUAAUUUAAAUAAAAUAAAUAAUAUACAACUAGUGUAUAAAUAAUAUAUACAUAAAUACAUUAAA